AUGUACGACAAUUGCGGCAAGAAGUCGGUCUUUGGAGGCCCAAUUCCAUGUCCAGCAAAUAAGAAGGCCGUGGCUCCAUCUACGGAAGCAAAAGAGCUUUUGUUCCAGAUUUGUGGUGCCGACUUCCCUAUUGAUAAUGGUGUGUGCUGCUCGUAUGACCAAUUGGUUAACUUGGAGCUGAACCUUAAGAAGGCAGAGCCAUUGAUCAGCUCCUGCCCUGCUUGUCGAAAGAACUUCUUUGACUUCUUUUGCAAGUUCACUUGUUCAUCAGACCAAUCUACGUUUGUUGAGAUCAGUGACACUACAGAAGCAAUUGAUACUAAAAAGGAGAUUGUCUCGGAGUUGACUAUCUAUACCGACUCUGAAUACGCCUCGGACUUCUUUGACUCAUGUAAGAACAUCAAGUUCUCAGCUUCUAAUAGCUAUGCUAUGGAUCUUAUUGGAGGCGGAGCUAAGAACUACUCUCAGUUCUUGAAGUUCCUCGGUGACGAAAAACCACUCCUUGGUGGCUCUCCGUUCCAGAUCAACUACGCUUAUGAGUUACCUGGAAAUGACGAUACGGGACUUAAGCUAAACUCUGGUGAUAUGAAAGAUUGUGAUGAUGAGGUUUAUAAAUGUGCCUGCUCGGACUGUCCAACAUCUUGUCCGAAAUUACCAAAGUUCAAGAGGUAUGACAGACAUUGCCACGUCGGGUUAUUACCUUGUUUUUCAUUUGCCGUUUUGAUCGUAUGGAUCAUCAUUAUCUUCAUUAUUGGUGUUUACCACAUUCACAUCGCUAGACAGAGAAGACAUCAGAUCGAGCAGUGGAAUAGACUUAUAGGUGGCGAGGAGCACCAUUCCUGCGUUCAUGAUGACCGUCCAAUGGUAGAUACCCAUAUAAGUCCAAGAGUGAAGGAAGAGUCAUACUUCGCUCACCAAUGGCGAUCAUUCCGUAACUUUGUGGUUGAAGGAUUGGAGAAAGUUUUCGCCUUCAUCGGAUAUCAUUGCGCCAAGUUUCCGGCUAUCACACUUUCUGUCUGCUUGUUGUUGGUUAUUCUUCUUAGCAGUGGUCUUACCCAAUUGACAUGGGAGACUGAACCAGUUAAGUUAUGGGUCAGCCCCAAUGAGCCAGCCUUGAAAAACCUACAGUAUUUUGAGGAAACAUUUGGCGAAUGGUUCAGAAUAGAGCAACUCUUUAUCGCCAGUAAGGACGAAUCUAACCCAGUCCUUACUUGGAAGAAUGUUCAGUGGUGGUUUGAAAAGGAGCAAGAGCUCUAUAACCUCAAAGGGUCAAAUGACGAUCUGCUCAGUAUAGAAGAUUUUUGCUUUAAGCCUUUGGAAGACUCUUGUGCAAUCCAAUCAUUCUCUCAAUAUUUCGGAGGUGAUAUCAGAUACUUAAACGAGAACAACUGGGCAAAACAGCUUUCUUCAUGUGCCGAGAGUCCGGUAGAGUGCUUACCUCCAUUCCAACAGCCAUUGAACAAGAAUCUCCUUUUCUCACUGAGCGAUAUUUUAGAAUCAGAAGCUUUUGUUGUCACUCUUUUACUCGAAAGCAAGUCAGCUAGUGCCAGCUAUACACAAAAGGUUACAGAAUAUGAACAUGCAUUGCAGGACUGGAUUAAGGGUUUGCAGCUGGAGCGUCCAGACUUACACAUCUCAUUCAGUACAGAAUCUUCUCUUGAAGAGGAGCUCAACCAGUCAACCAAUACAGACGUCAAAAUUGUCGUUAUCUCAUACUUGGUGAUGUUCUUAUACGCUUCGCUUGCACUUGGAGGUAAAAUUCCGACCAAGUUUGACCGCAAGACUUUCGUUAAAACAAGGUUCUUGCUUGGCUUGAGUGGAAUCAUAAUGAUCCUCCUUUCUGUUACAUCUGCUGCCGGUGUUUUUGCUGUUAUUGGAAUCAAAUCGACCUUGAUCAUUGCUGAAGUCAUUCCUUUCCUCGUUUUGGCUGUCGGUGUGGAUAACAUAUUUUUGAUUGUCCAUGAAUUACACAAGCUUACGGAAAAGAUUCCAGAAGUGGACGUUGAAACGAGAAUUUCCAAGGCAUUAGAAAGGAUUGGGCCAUCAUGCUUCAUUAGUGCUGGCCUUCAAGUUCUGAUGUUUUUACUUGCAACAAGUGUUCAAAUGCCAGCUGUGAGGAACUUUGCUUUCUAUUCCGCAGGUGCUGUUGGUAUCAAUUUCUUCUUACAAAUGACAGCCUUCAUUGCUGUACUCUCCCUAGACCAGCACAGGCUUGAAAAUGGAAGGGUUGACUGUAUUCCUUGGGUUCAACUUGAUAAUCAAAUCGAGAUUGACCAGGUCAGCCAUCCAAGUGAUCAUAUCGAAUACGACUUCUCGCAUGUUAUCCUGACUCGUUAUGCACCAUGGCUAUUGAAGCCUUCGAAUAAGAGGAAGGUUCUUUCGGUUUUCUUGAUAUGGCUAGGCAUUUCUCUAAGCUUAUUGCCUGGAGUAGAGCUCGGCCUUGACCAGAAGAUUGCACUUCCAUCCAGCUCUUACCUUGUUGACUACUUCGAAAGCGUCUACAAAUACUUGAAUGUUGGACCUCCAGUCUUCUUCGUCGUGAAGGAUCUUGACGUGUCACAUAGAAAGGAACAACAGGCUGUGUGUGGUAAGUUUUCUACAUGUGAGGAGUUCUCACUCGCUAACAUCUUGGAACAAGAGUACAAGAGAUCUGACAUUUCUACAAUUGCUGAGCCAGCUUCCAAUUGGUUGGACGAUUUCCUCAAUUGGUUGAACCCAGCACUCGAUCAGUGCUGUCGUUUUAAAAAAUCGGCAUUUGGCGAAGAGUUUUGCUCUCCAAAAGCACCAGAAAGGCAAUGUGAGCCAUGUUAUCUGAAUCACCAACCACCGUAUAACAGUCUGAUGGAAGGCUUGCCUCAAGGUGAAGAGUUCAUGAAGUUCUUCAAGCAAUGGAUCACAGAACCAAGUGACCCAUGCCCAUUAGGAGGCAAGGCGCCAUAUUCGACAUCGCUCAAGUACAAUGCUACCAAUAUUGAAGCAAGUUACUUCCGCACCAGCCACACGCCCAUGAGAUCACAAAAAGACUUCAUUGUUGGCUUCAAAAAUUCGCUAAGAGUGGUGCAUGAAAUUGAAAAAUACCUUGGAGAAACGAUAAAUGUUUUUGCAUUUUCGCCAUUCUACGUUUUCUUUGUUCAGUAUAGAACAAUCAUUUCGCUUACUUUUGCCACGCUUGCAGCGGCUGGUGCAAUUAUCUGGUUCGUGAGCUUAAUUCUUCUCGGGCUGGUUCGCACAGCGACUAUAUUGGUUUUGACGGCAGCAAUAAUGCUCGCCAAUAUUGGUGGUGUGAUGGCAUUGUGGUCUAUUUCAUUGAAUGCUGUUAGCUUGGUAAAUUUGAUCAUUUGCCUUGGGCUUGCCGUGGAAUUUACAAUUCACAUUGCUCGUGCAUACUUGAAAGUAGGCAAAGACAGUGAUGAUGAAGAGGACGAAGAGUUAUUUGACAGCUUCAUGAACAAUGGAGCUGACUACUUGCAAGAUGAAAGAACUUCACUGGCAUAUAAAGCAUUAAGCCUGGUUGGAGGCUCUGUCCUCGGCGGCAUUACUAUCACUAAAUUCAUCGGUAUUGCUGUGCUUGCUUUCACAAGAUCCAAGAUAUUUGAGGUGUACUACUUCAGGAUCGGUCCCAAUGAAGUCAUUGUGACCGGUACCUUCGAUAACUGGUCCAAAUCCUUCCCAUUAGUGAAAUUAACUGACGGUUCCUUCGAAUUGAAUGUUCCGCUUGACACCAGCGAGGACGUUCUUUACAAGUAUGUCGUUGACGGUGAAUGGACUGUCAGCGAAGAUCAGGACAUCACUGACGAUGCUUCUGGCAACAAGAACAAUGUUUUAAAGUCUGGCGCUUCUUCCCAAAGCAACAAGAACGAGUCUAGAAUUCCUGAGGCUGGCGGCAUUGGUGCUGCUGUUGCUCAAGGUGCUCCAGCUGAGGGUUCUUCCUCUGGUGCUGGAAAGUCAGACGACCUCAAGACCACUGUCUUGCCAUCAGCUGAGGGCAAGCAGACCACUUUGGGUGAGCCAGGUAUCUUUGUACCUCAAUCCAAGGAUAAGGAUGCAUUGGCUGCUUUUGAGAACGUUAGAGACGUUGACCCUAAGUCAUUGAACGAGCCAAAUGCUUCUGAGGACUUCACCAAGGAAUUGACCCCUGAGGAGAAGAAGAAACAGAAGAAGAAGUUGAAGAAGACCCAAUACAAGCUCCGUAAGAAGCAGCAAAAGCAAGCUGAGAAUGCCGCUGGUGGAGCUGCUGCUGGCGGCCUCGCUGGCGGUGCUGUUGGCAGCACCACUACUGGUGAAGACGACAAUGACGACUCCUGUGACUCCGAAGAGGAGAAGACCCCUGAGCCUGAAUCUGUCGAUGCCACUAUCACUGGUACUAUCCUUGGUGCUGUCGGCGGUGCUGCUACUGCUGGUGCUGGAGGUGCCCUUGUUGGUGCUCUUGGAGGUGCUUCUGCUGGCCAGGCUGCUCAGAACUACUCCAACUCUGAGGGCUCUAGUACUAAGACUCUGCAGCAGGAGCAGGAAGUUCCACAGACCUUGGACCCCGGUAGACAAGCCCAGCUCAACAUUCCAGGCAGCAUUGCUGGUGUUGACAAGGUUAACACUCACGACGAGGACAACUCUGCUACCAAGACAAAGACUAUUGACACUUUGACUUCCUCUGAAUACGUCGACACUCAAGAUGGUGAAAACCCAAGUACUGGUGCUGUUGGCGCUAUCUACGAGGACAAGAAGGCUGAGGCUGCUCCAGAGGAUAGUCUUGAGAACCAGAAGGAGAACACACAUUCUUACCCUGUUAGAGGUGACCUCACCGAUGCCGGCGCUGCUGCAGUUCCUGUCACUGCCGUUUACGAAGACAAGGAACCUCAAUCUACUUCCCAAACUACUCCUCAGUCCACUCAACAAGAUGGCCUUCAGAAGCAACAGGAGAACACUGCCGAGUACCCAGCUAGAGGUGACUUAGCCGGUGUUGGUGCUGCUGCUGUGCCAGUUGCUGCCGUUGGCGGUGCCAGUGCUGCCCAAGGAGCUCUGAGCUCCCAAGGCCUUCUGGGCUCCCAGGGCGGUAAAGCCGACUACCCUUACCCACCUGGUCCAGACCUGGUUGAGCCAAUCCAGGCUGGCCAUCUCCUGAAGAACAUUGAACUGAACACCGAGUUCCCUGAACAGCCAAAAGAUCAAGACUACCCUUACCCACCAGGCCCAGGUCAAGUCGAGCCAAUCCCAGCUGGUCAUCUUCAAAAGAACAUUGAACUGAACACUGACUUCCCUGAACUGCCAAAGCCAGAUGAAGAUGUUGAGCAAGAACAGAACAGGUACGGUGCUACCACUGUUGGUGCUGCAGCUGCAGCUGGUGCCCUUGGCGGCGCUGGCGCAUCUCGUGCAGCCGCACCAGCUACUCAGACUACAGAGCCUGGUAUUCCAGUGCAAUCUGAAGCUAAAAACGCUGCUGCUCCAGUUUCUAAGUCCGCCCAACCUAGAGGCGAGACUGCCCCAGCCCCAGGCGUUUUCGGCAGUGGUGCUGCUACUGCUGACGAGGGAGCUGCGGCUCCUGGUGUCUUUGGCAGCGGCCCAGCUGUCGCUCCAUUGGUUGGAUCGAGUGAGCUCGGCGCAAAAGAAGUCGACGCUGCUCCAGUUACCAAGGGUGAGGACCACCAAUUCGAUGGCGAGGAUGAGAUCAUCAUUGCCCAGGGUGGUGAAAGCGUCAAACAGGUCGAGAAGAGAAUUCAGGAAUGGGAAGGUGAUGUUAGCGUUGAACAGAUCCAACCAUCUCCAUCUGAGGCCAGAAGAUUGGCCGAGGAAGCUCAUCUCCUGAAGCAGGCUCAACUUGCCGCUGAGAGAGGUCAGGAAGUUGCUAGCCCAUCCAACCCACCAACUGGUCCAGUCAAGCCAGAGAAGAAGGGCUCAAAGAAGGCCCAGAAGCCACCAAACGCAGCCCAACAAGAGGCUACCAAGACCAAGAAGGGCAUCAUGUCUAAGCUCAAGAAAAUCUUCAAGUAA